CAUUUGUAGUUAUUUUGGAUGUAUUUCAAUUUCCAAACAAUUUUCUCUACGCUUCGACACUUUUAGUAUUUAAAGUCAGUUCUUUACCCUAUUUUCCGAUUUUAAAUUGCAUACAGUAUAAAAGAGGUUCAAGGUCUGUUUAAGACGAACGUACCUAUAAAAAUUAUCUAAGCCAUUUUCGUUGCCAUUGUAAAGAACCACAAAAUUCUUAGAGUUUAAGGCGCGUGCACCUCAAUUGGGGAGCAGCGCAUAGAAAAACACCCGAAUCGUUACGGCUAACCAGUUUACCAACCAGUGACAGCGUUCUAAUAUAAAAGUAAAAGCCACUGGACCUGGAAUCGCCAGGCGAUAACCGCCACAACCGGGCACAAUUAAAGAGCAGAUACUGCGCAUUCUCACACGACACAGAAGUUGGACGAGGUGUAGCCGCCGAUAUAAUAUGAAGGCCGAUCAACUAAAUCGGCUAAUGCGCGUCAAUGGGCGUAAAAAUCUCUGGUUACUGCGCAACACCAACCAGUUAUAUGAGAAUGCAGUGAAGAGCUACUAUGAACGAAGCACCUCAUUGCUGCCAUAUAGUCCGAUGUCCCAGAAUGUAAAGGCUCGUGAGGAGAACCGAGCACCCUUGCGGAUAUUGACAAUGCAACGGGAGCGGAGUACAGCUCCGGAGUAUCCACGCAACCACAAGCAGAUGGCCGAUCAGGCGGCCUGCGCGAAUUCGGGUCAUCUGUUGAACACGGUAAUUCAGGCGAACAGACGGCGUUCCAUGUCAUUCUCAGCUGGCGGCUUGCGCAUGUACGGCAAACAGAUACUGAAUAGCAGCGAUGGCGGGGGGAAGGAUUCCAGUAGCCCAGAUAAGAGUAGCACCACCGUGGUGAGUGGCAGUAAUCCAAAGGGCGAGCAGCAGCGAACGGAUGGGUGUGUAAAUGGAAAUAACAUGGAUUUGGGCGGAUUUAGUGGGCGAUCGAUGAGCUUGCCGCCGCGCACAACGCUGGAACUGGGCAUGGGCUAUGCGCUUGGCAAGGGCAAGGGACCGCCCAGCUGUAAGCAUCAUUUCAUUGCGAUUGAGAAGACAACGAAUGCGGGUGCGGCAUCAUUGACAAGGCGGCAGCGCCAACGCAGAGACUAUGACAACGAUGCCGACAAGCUGAUGGUUGUCGACGAGGCGCUAAAGCAGCGCCUGGCCGUGCGCUUCGAUCGCCAGCCCGAGGACGAGCCAAGCAAGGCGCGCUUUCGCCUUGGCUUCGGUAGCGCCGGCCUCAUCGAUGGCCGCCAGCUGCCGGGGUUGCCCAAGUCAUAUACAAUGCGCGGCGAGCAGGCCCCGCCCAAUAACGUCAUCAAGGAACAGACACGCUUCCAGACACUCGGCGAACGGAUCAGACAGUUUGAGGUUAUACAAUUUGCGGACGGUCCAGUCACAUAUCAGGCGUUCAAUCGCCGCCAGGGCUACGCCAGCGGCCGGAUCCAACCGAUCGGCAAUAAGCAUUUACCAAAGCAGGAGCCAUGCCUGAGCUUCCACAAUGUGCUCCAUACGAAUCACAGGCAGCGCAGCUUUAACUUUCAGACCCGAUCGCAAUCGCUCGAAUCGAAUUCGGAGCCGGUUUCAAGACCGAAGGAGCCUCUGGCCAUGAUGCAAGUGACAAACACAACUGGUAAACGCAUUAAGCCGCCGCUGGGGCCGCUGGGGCCGCUGGCGCCCAACUGGCGACCACAGCAGCAACAGCAGCAGCACGAACACAAAGUAGAUGCCUUGCUCCGGCCGGUCUCGAUUGUGCCGGCGCCACCGUCAACGCGGACCAAAACGAAGCUCAAACCAUCCAAGCAGCCAGUCAAGAUCGGGAAGACCAAAUCAAAGCGGUCCGUCAAGCAAACAUGCAACAGCAGUAGCCCGAAACAAGCCAGCAGCAAGAUCAAAGCCGCCGCCACGGAGAUUGUCCAGGACAAGGUAGUCGUACAGCAGGAGGAGGCAAAGCCCAAAGAUGUGUACGUCGAGGAGGCCUUUAAAAAAUCAAACGGCCCUGACAACACUGUCAAUAAGGCAGCCCUCUCCAACCAAAUGAGCCGCACUAGCCAUUUGUUCUAUAUGAAGACCAACACCCGGCGGCAGGAAGUGCCGGCGCCCCGACUGGCCGAGCAGCUGCAAGCUGUGAAAAAAGUGCGAGUGGCACGCAAGGUGCAAGUGGAGCUGCCCAAACAGCCCCAAUCUAUAAAGGGUGCCCAUCAUCUGUUGGCCGCCAGCGCGUCUCAAGUGUCUGCCUAUAAGCGCGCCUACAAGAAUCGACAACAAAUACUUCAGGCCGAAAUGCUGCACAUACAUGCACAGCGAUUGCCCGAGCAACAUCAGCAGCACUUCCAGCGGCAGCAGCAGCAACGCCAGCAGCAGCGCAUUGCCCAGGAGCAGCCGCUGAAAAAGCCAACGGGCUAUUUCCCAACGGCAGCCAAAAAGUAUUCGAUUUCGCAGCUGAAAAAUGACACUAAGACGCUGGCCAAACAUCCAGCAAGGAAUACGCCCACAAAGACGACGUGGGUGCAUCAGCAACAGCAACAGCAACAACAACUGCAACAGCAGCAACAGCAUCUGCAACAGCAGCAACAGCAUCUGCAACAGCAACAGCAUCUGCAACAGCAGCAGCAUCUGCAACAGCAGCAGCAGCAGCAGCCGCCGGUGAAGCAGGAGCCACCAAAGCGGAAGGUAAGACAACAGCCGGAGGCCAAAAAGGUACCAACGCCGCUGACGGCGGCUCAAGCCCCGCCGCGUCCCAGCUAUCAGCAAAAAAAGGUGUCAGUUCUAGCGCCCACUGAUUCAUCGGCAAAGCAACGGCGAAAAACUGUCCCGCAUUUGGCCUACGCAUACAAGUCCACCGGCCAUGUGGCUGCCGUCGGCCAUGUGGCUGCCGCCGAGCAGAGCCUCGCCGCCGGCUAUGAGAGGCUGCAACAACAACAACAGCUACAUCAGCAGCUGCGCCAGCGUCGACAGCAACCUUUCGAGAGCCUCUGGCGUCGCAACUACUAACGGCAAAUCCAUAAGCAAACGCACGCUGCAUAUACGCACACGCCCACCCACACACCCACCCACACACCCAUACACCCAUACAACCAUACAGACACGCACGCACACACAUGACCCACAUACCCAGUUGCGAAACACUGCAUUGACCUGUCCCACACAAAAACAUAAAAGCCAAACGACACUCGUUUUGGCCAAAUAAAAAAUAAACGCUAAAUGUAAA